UCAGAAAUAGCUAAAAAUCGAUUUUCCAAAACUUACUCGCUUGGAGUUUUUAUUAUAUAUAUAAAUCGCCGAUUUUCGGGGAAAGAGAUUGAGAAGAGAACCUUCUCGUUUUCUCUUUCUCCUGUAUCGGGGAUCCGUGAGAUGUCUUUGGUCGCCUGGGGUCGUCUUUUGGCAGCGAUUGCAGAGAGAAUCGAGGCGGGAGGAGAUACAACGACCGUUUGGGAGAAGGAGCGAUAGAAAUCGCAAUCUGUUCGAAUCGUGUUUUGCAGAAGCUGAAACGGCGUUGGAUCGAUGUCGGCCACGGUUUUAUCCGAUCCAAUGGCUAUCUCGGCGCCUGAUUCUCAAACUCAAUCCUCAGCCGUCAAGAUGACAACCAACGGCCAGAUCGAGGUCCUGUCUGCGAAAUGCGAGUGCUGUGGCCUGACGGAGGAGUGCACGCCGGCUUACAUCUCCCGAAUCCGGGAACGACAUCAGGGCCGUUGGAUCUGCGGCCUCUGCGCCGAGGCCGUGAAGUACGAGAUCAACAGAUCGUCGCGACGUAUCGGGAUGGAGGAGGCCUUGAAUCGGCACCUGACGUUCUGCGAGAAGUUCAGUCCGUCGGCGCCGCUGAAUCCGACGCAGCUCCUGAUAUCGGCCGUACGGCAGGUGCUGAGGAGGAGCCUGGACUCGCCACGUGGAGGGAUGAGAUCGACUCCUAACAGCCCGAGGAGGGACGGAGGAGAGGACGGCGCGAGGCGAGCCGCGAUUCUCGCCAGGAGCGAGAGCUGCCUCUCGACCAUGGGCAGGAAGAGGACGGAAGGGUAGAUUGGGAAGAAGGUAAAAAUGCCAGGGGCAAAAAGGUAAAAUGACAAACGAAAAACAUCAGUCUUUUUUAAUUUUAUUUAGAGUAGAUUAGAUUUUUUUUUUUUAUUAUUUUUUUUAAUGUAAAAAGAGUUUGCUUGAAUGAAAAUGAGGAUCAAAGGAAA